CAGCCAGCCUGCCAACCAGCCAGCCAGCCAGCCCUCCUCCUGCUGGGCAGUGGCAAGGAAGGGGCAUCCAUGGCAUCCAGAGCCCCUUCCUGAACCCCCGCAUGACACUCCUUUGGGGGAACCCCACCUGGCGGUAGAGUCCCCCCUCCCGCCAGCACCAACAGUAGCAGCUUUCUGGGGAUGGCCGGUGCCAGCGGCUUUAAUGACCUCAGGAGCGAGAUUGAAGCCCUUGUGGCUGAAAACGAAGAGCUCAAACAGUUGUUCUACCUCCUGAAGGAGAACUACGAGCUCAAGUACGUCCUCCGGCACCACAGCAGUGAUAGCACGUCCUCGGAUGCUGAAGCUAACGCCAUCAUGCCUUCCAACGCCAACUAUGCCGUCGCCAGAAUACCCAUGAGAGGCAGACCCCGGGGCUACUGCUUUGAGUGCCCCAUCCCUUGGCACCCCCAUUCCAUAGUCCACACGCCAAGUAGCUCCCUCGUGCCCAUGAGGUACCCCUAUCGCCCUCCCCAUGUCCCGGAACUCCUCGCCCUGCCCUGGCCCGACGGUAGUGGCCUGCAAGGGGACAGCACCGUUAGCACUGGCUCAUUUGAUUCCUCUCUGCCACUUACGUCAGAUAUGACCUAUUCCUCCUGGUGGCCUUCAGGCUCAAGUCAAUGGGAUUCCACAGCUACCUCCGGGCCAUUUUUUCCACAAACCACUUCCACAUUUGACUCCGGCUCAUUUCAGCCAACCUGGUCAACCGAUACCACGGCUAGCUCUGGGUCAUUUCAGCCAACCUGGUCAACCGAUGCCACGGCUAGCUCUGGGUCAUUUCAGCCAACCUGGUCAACCUAUACCACGGCUAGCUCUGGGUCAUUUCAGCCGUCAUCACUGCUCAGCAGUGACUCGUUUAGCCCGCUCGUGCAACAACCCAUCCCGACACAAUGGGUACCCCUGCCUUCGGUUUUUGCCGCUCCGCCAAAUUAUGCACAACUGCCCGUGGCGGGGGCCUCUCCGAUAUCUUCGGGAAGUUUUCCAUCAACCUUUAGUACCGGGUCAUUUCCGUCGUCCCUGGGACAAUACGAUGUCACGGGUAGCUUUGGGUCAUUUCAGCCACUCUCAUCCUAUGAGAUCAGCUCAACCAGCGCUUUCCCAUAUCAGACCCUCCAGUCACAAUGGGAUGGGACGCUGGGCUCGAUGUGUGCGCAGCCGCUCCUGCAGUCAUUCGACACCACGGGUAGCAGCACGGGGUACUUGCCGACAGCCACACAACUAGCGGCUAUGUCUCCUAGCUUUGGCACAGAUGUGAUUGCUGAAGCUCUUGAGGCUGUCCCGACUGCACAGAGCACCCCAGUCGCUGGUGGCUAUGUUUACUAUGGCCUUGACGGUUUCCCACUCGCACAGAGCACACCACAAAGAGUUUUUAACCUUUGCAGACCACCAUUCGGUCAAGCUUUCAAAUGCACACUGAGUCCGGUUGAAACUUUUGGUCCAGCAGCUGCUGUUUUUGAUAGCAGCCCACUAGCCCUACAGAGCCCACCACAAAGGGGUUGUAUCAACGUCCUUGCUGCUGGCAUACUCCCACCGACCAUAACCAUGAGGGGCAGGCGUGGGGUUCCCGUUGCUCCUGCCGCACCACCCGCACCACCCGCGGUACCCCUUCAACUCACGGCCCUUCCCGCUGUAGCCCCCAGCCAGGCAGCGGUGCCAGGUUCAUGGGACGCCGUGCCCUCCACGGCAACACCACCCAUAGGGACCAGGACCGUGUUUCCAAGGGGCAUGCCCUACUUCGUCCCAAACAACAUGCAAAACCCACGUGCUUUCGUCCUGCAACCCCCACCUCCAGGAAGGAGGGCCAGGGCUCCCGCAGUGCCCCAGCCAGUUGCAACAGUGCCAGUCUGUCCUCCUCCAGCGGGCGUGAGCGUGAGGCCGAGGGACCGCAUCUACGCUCCCACCGCAGCGAAGCCGGGUGACGGCAAGCCAAGAGAAAAGACCACGCAGGAGCGGAUCAUCGGUGAGAUUGCCUUCCAACUGGACCGCCGGAUCCUUGCCAAUAUCUUCCCCAACCGGACCCGACUCUAUGGUUUCACUGUCAGCAACGUACCCGAUAAAGUCGCCCAGGACCAAGCUAACACUAUGCAGAGAAUGACCCCAGAAGAGUCCGCCGCUGCCUUGGAGCGCUACAGCAACAUCAUGGAGCGCCUGAAGCCCCUUGGCUUUGAGGCGGAGGUCCACCCCAAGCAGAUGGAGCACAUCAUCAACACCUUCGGCAUUCUCCGAGAUCGGCCAGAUAGCAACGACCAAGACGCCGCCGCUUACAACAAUGUCGGGUACCUGAGGAACGUGAUCAAAGAGUCGGCAACCCCGGAACUGCGCAACACCUGCAUGCUGCUGCUUGACUGCCUCUACCAGCUCUCGCAGGAAGACGGGAAACCCCUGUUCCUCUGGUGAACCCCCCCACUCCCUCCCCUCACCCCUCCCUCCCUCCAGGAGUGUCUCACUGCCAAAGCAAUAAAACACCUGGAAAUGGCUGGCUAAAGCA